AUGGCAGAGAAGAUAUUUCAACAGAUGCCACCAAAUACAAAGGCUCCUCUCAUUUUUCUGAUGGUGACUGAUUUCAGAGAUCAGGACUUUGAGAUAAGUGUCAGCUGCUUGCACCGACAGCUUCUCCUGUUGUGGGAAGAUACAUUUGAAUAUGCUCUGCCUGAGCUAGAACUCGUCCAUGCUUCUCUCUUCUUAGUCUUAUACAUGAUGGCAGUAACUGGCAAUCUCCUCAUUAUUGCCACAAUUUCUAUGGACAAUAGUCUCCACUCACCCAUGUAUUUCUUCUUGAAACAUCUCUCCUUUCUGGAUCUGUGCUACAUUUCUGUGACUGUGCCAAGGUCCAUUUACAACUCUUUCAUGCAUAGUGGCUACAUUUCCCUUGGGGAAUGCAUAGUGCAGUGCUAUGCUUUCACUCUCUGUGGUUCUGCUGAGCUGUCCAUGCUCACAGUGAUGUCUUAUGAUCGCUACGUGGCCAUCUGCCUUCCACUUCGCUAUGAAAUCAUCAUGGAUUCUAGCAAAUGUGUUCACAGUGUCUUAGGCGUCUGGAUCAGUGCGGCCAUUUCUGGAGCCAUGCACACAGCUGGCACUUUCUCCAUCCACUUCUGUGGUUCCCAUAUAAUUCACCAAUUCUUCUGUGACAUCCCCCAGCUCCUGAAACUCUCUUGUUCGAAUGAGUAUAUGAAUGAGUUUGGGAUAAGUUACUUCUUAGCUCUUAUGGCUUGUCUGUGUGUCACCUUUAUUGGUCUUUCCUACACAAAGAUAUUUUCUACUGUGCUAAGGAUGCCAUCUGCUGAGAGCAGAGCUAAAGCCUUUUCCACUUGCCUUCCCCAUCUCGCUGUUGUCAUUUUAUUCAUUUCAACCAGCGUCUUUGAGUUUCUCAAGCCACCUUCUGACUCUCCAAGUGCACUGGACAUUUUUCUCACUAUUAUGUACACUGUUGUGCCUCCAUCACUCAACCCAAUGAUCUACAGCCUAAGAAAUCAAGCCAUGAAGACAGCCCUCAGAAAGGUUUUCCAAAGAAGGAAAGCUGACCUCGUUUGUUGA